AUUUUAACAAUGUAUUAAUCUAAUACAAAAUCAGCCCUAUCAAAAGUUCAAUCUCUUGGGGCUGUUACAUCUACUCCUCUUAAAACUAAUAAAUCUGUAUAAUAAGAUAGAGAAUUAUUAUACAACAGUUAAUUAAUGUAAAAAGCAUUAAUUGAAUCAUGUAAAAAAGCAAAGGAAAAUAGAAUGAACUCUCCUACAUAUAAAGUUACUGAUACUAUUGUUUAAGUAAAUUAUUAUUCUAAUCAGGCUAAUUAAGAUACACCAAUAUAGAAAUCAGGUAAAAAGAAGGCUUUAUUUAGUGGAAUUGAUUCUUAAAGUGAUCCCUUUAGAAAUGUACACACUUCAUCAAACAAAACUAAUGUUAAAUUGAUGAUGUUUAAUGAAGGACAUUAUAUGAAAAAAUAUCAAUAAUAAUCAUCAGAAAUUCAUUAAGAAAAAGAUUAUAGGAGUUCUAUUAGAGUCUAUAAAUAGGAACAAAAAAUUGAAAGUGAAUAAAAAAGAUUAAGAAAAAGUGUACCAGGUUAACCAGUAUUUAAAGAUCCAAUUUUAUCACCAGAUUCUAAAGUAGAUAAAAAAGUAUACAAAUUUUAAAAUGCUAAUUUAGUUAAGAAUAUCUUGUCUUCAAAAAUCAGAAUAAUAAAGUAAAAUGGAAAGUAUUAGAACUUAUGGUCAUGCAAAUUCAUCUUUAGGAUUUCGUAAUAGUGUAACUUAAGGUUAAAAAGAUGAUACUAGUCCUAUGAAAAUGAGAGAAAGUAAUACUUAUAAAAGUGAUAUGAAAAGUAUAUUAAGUUAAAAUGAAACACUUAAAAAAUUAGUAAUUUAAUUAAUUUUACAAUAUUUUAUAGUAUUCAAGAACUGAUUAUAAAGGAUGUGACAAUAUAAAGAAAUCAAAUAGAGUAAGCAUUAAAAUGGAUGUUCCAAGACCUAUAUCAGCUUUUGCUAUAUUUGAUAAAUGA